CUGUAUGCUCGUUUGUUACUUUUAUUUAAAAAAAAGAACAAUUUAUUUUUGGUUAUCUUUGUGCCUCUCACCAUUUGGCGAUUGCUGCAGGUUUUCACCCUCGCGAUCAUUGAAACGUCACUGAACAGUUGUCGUCUGAUCGUCAUAAUGAAGUCAAUCUCAUUUUUUGUCGAACCGUCGGGGUACGGCAAAAAAUGGAAGAAAGAGUUCAUCAUAAAGAGUCCCUCUUUCUCCAUGAAGUCGGCCAGCUGCUGGCCCCUUGAGUUCCUUUGCCCAAUUCCAAAUUUCCAUACCUUCAGCUCACCGUUCUCUCUUGUGCCUGUUUUUGUGUUAAAGUCUCCCAUUAACACCGUAUAG